AUGGAUUAUCAUGAAUCUCAAGAAUUUGUCCCCACCCACCCUGAAAAAACAAUUUUCAAGAUUAAGUCUCAUGUUGUGAAGGCAUACCUUAUCGACGAAUCCAACCUUCAUGAUACGUACAGUUGCUAUUGGAGGAGAGCCACAAUCCAAACAGGUCCUUUAAAUUUGACGCAGGUGAAGGCGAGUUCGGAAAUCGCCGUGGCCGCUGUUCAGGCCAGCGGAAAUGAUCCCAAACUGAAACUGAAACGCUCGUUUAGUUCGUCUGGAGUGCAGUUAUCGGGGAGUAAGAAACGUCCUUACCCGUCAGGGGGGAUUGAGUUGAAUCGGAGGGGGGAUGUUGCUGAGGGACAGCAGUCCUCCUCGGCGGCGUCCACGGCACUGCAGGGACCACUCUGCCGACCGUGGGAUCGUGGUGACUUUAUGAGGAGACUAUCUACAUUCAAAUCUAUGUCAUGGUUUGCUAAACCAAAGGUAGUGAGUGCAGUAAAUUGUGCUAGUAGAGGUUGGAUCAAUGUGGAUAUUGACACCAUAGCCUGCGAAGCAUGUGGAGCACGUCUUCUUUUCUCUACACCAGCAUCUUGGAAUCAGCAACAGGUGGAGAAGGCGGCAUUAGUAUUUAGCUUAAAGUUGGAUAAUGGACAUAAAUUACUUUGCCCAUGGAUUGAUAAUGCCUGCAGUGAAACACUGGCACGAUUUCCUCCUACAACUCCAGAGAUACUAGUUGAAAAUUUCAGAGAACACUGUUUUGCACUCUUGCAACUAUCAGCUCUUCCACGAAUUUCAUCUUCUGCUAUAGCCUACAUUCAAAGCCAAAGUCCACUUCUGGAAGACUUUCUUGGGAAAUCUUUGAUGCUGGAGUGUGGAUAUGGAUCUACUGAAAAUUCUGGGAGUGUGGAUUUUAAUAGUCAGGAGGAACUGAAAUUGUAUUAUCAGGUAAUAACUGGUUUUCUAGUAAGUUCAAAAAUCUCGUUUUCUGUAUUAGUAUGACAACUCUUUCUCGAAUUAGUGUAUG